AUGUCUUUAGACAGUGUCCUGCAGUCAGAAAAAUAUGGUCAAGUCUUAAUCUCUCUUGGGGUAUAUCCUAUAGAUCAAAAUAUUGGUGAAUGGCUUACCUGGUUUUUUGCAAGAGGUACCAAGGAACAGUGCAGGAUCUUUUGUUGUGCAUCGUGGCUCAUAUGGAGCUCAAGGAACCAGUUUGUUCAUGAAAAGAAAUCCAUUUCAGUACGGGAUCUAGUUGAGAAAAUCAGAAGCUAUUUGACUGAACUGGAAGGGAUCAGAGAUAAGAAACUUGCCUCUAUUACCGAAAACACCCAUAGUCAAAUAGAGGAGACAUCGAGAUCAAAGGUAUUGUUUGAUGCAGCCUUUGAUGGGAGAAAUUUUCGAUCGGCCUCGGGGGUAGUGGUUAGGGACCAGAUGGGGGUAACGACACUCCAUGAAAAUAUCUCCUCCUCAUUCGUAGCCGAAGCUCAUACAGGGUUAGAGGCCAUCAAGUUAGUAACAUCAAUGGGUUUAUCUUCUGUAAUAAUAAAGGGACACUCGAAAACAGUUAUUAAGAAAUGUAAAUCGCAAGAAGUAGACAAAUCCGUUCUUGGAGCGAUCAUUCGAGAUAUUCAGAGAAAAAGAGACAGUCUUCAAGAUGUUAUUUUCUAG